CUACAUUAUCCUCCACAUGUGUUUCCACAGUAUCCUUGAUGAAGACCUUUACUGUCUAUGAAGAAGACACACAUGCACUUCAGAGCAGAUUUGCCUUUUAGAUAACCUCUCUAUUCCCUCAGCACCGGGAGAUGCCGCGUUAUGAGCUGUCCGUGAUCCUGAAGGCGAUGCAGAGGCCGGAGACCGCGGCGGUGUUGCGGCGUACGGUGGAGACGCUGUUCGAGCGCGGCGCGGUGGUGCGGGGUCUGGAGAACCUCGGGGAACGCAGGCUGCCCUACAACAUCUCCAAACACAACUGUCUCCACACGCACGGAGGAUACUUCUCCGUGGACUUCCACGCCUCGCCGAAUAUCGUCAGCGGGCUGUUAGAGCACCUCGAACGAGACAUUGACGUGCUGCGUCCGACUGUCCUGAAGAAAGACGACGAGGUUUCCGAGGCGCAGUGUUGUGGCCUACAGAACAAGAAAGCAAAGAGUACAUCCCGUUAAAUGACUGUGAAGAUUGCCUCAUCUGCUGGAGUAUGUGAACGGACAGCAGCCUUUUUAUGGUUUUGCAGCAGUGCAUUUACUUCAGCUAAUGAUGUGUAUUUCUGCAAAGAACUCUGUACAUAUGAUAUUUUCUCAGGAUCAAUAUUGUUUUUGGAGUAUUUAAUUUUAGAAUGACAGAAUCUGCUUUAAUAAUUACAUGCUCAGAAAUAAAUCAUUUGAAAUUCUUUUUUUCAGUUUAUAGCAGUCAUUCUCUUCCACUAAAAAGGGACACGUAUAAAGAACUACAUUUAAGUGGAGUAGAGGAACGCUAUGUAAUAAAUGAUUUAUCCUCAGGA